UGGCGGAGGAGACCAGACCGAGCUCGCGCUGCUUCGCCACACACACACACACACAUAUACACAGGCGCGCACACACACACACACACACAAAGACACACACACACGCGCGCCUUUCUGCAGGAGCGUCAGUCCGUUCUGUGUUUGGAUCCGCACCGUUACGCAGCCACACCUACCACACACACACACACACACACGCACGCAUACACACGCGUACGCGCGCGCGCUCUCUCGCGCAGGGUGUGUGUGUGGUGUGUGUGUAAGGGGCUGUUAGAGCCGCAGUGCUCCAGUGCAGGAGUGAGGAUGCCGGACCGGCGGAACCAUUGACCGAACCGAGCCGAGCCGAGCGCGCGCUGACCGACCACCCACCCCCUCCCGCUUCCACCGGAGCCCACCGACAGCCCCGGCGAGCGGUGCCAUGGCGACCAGCGCCCCCAUCCUCCCGAUGAUCAUGGCCUUACUGCGAUUGGCUGCCUGCUCGUUUCCAGAGGAACCGGGCCCUUUAAUCUCCGCCCCCGCCGAGGUUGCUAGGCGCUAUCCUGUGUUUCUGGGCCGAGCUCAUCGUUCGUAUAUGCGUCAGGAGCCGCUGUACAUUCAGAGCGUCCUCAAGGUCAACCGCACGCUUUACAUCGGCGCCAGAGAUGACCUUUAUCGUGUGGAACUGGACCAUGUAUCAGGAGAUGAGAUGUUCUACAGCAAAAAGAGAACAUGGGAGUCCAAUAAGAACGAUAUCCGGAUCUGCAGGAUGAAGGGCAAACAUGAGGAGGAGUGCCGGAACUAUAUGAAGGUUCUGCUGAGUCAGCAUGGUGGGCUUUUCGUGUGCGGCACCAACGCCUUCAACCCGCUGUGUGCCAAUUACACCAGAGACACUCUGGAGAUGGUAGGAGAGCCAAUCAGUGGAAUGGCCAGAUGCCCAUAUGACCCCAAACAUGCCAACGUGGCUCUGUUUGCAGAGGGCAGCCUGUUCACGGGUACGGUGACAGAUUUCCUGGCCAUCGACGCCGUAAUCUACCGCAGCCUGGGGGAGAGCCCCGCCCUGCGCACCAUCAAACACGACUCCAAGUGGUUCAGAGAACCCUACUUUGUGAGCGCAGUAGAAUGGGGACCUCAUAUCUACUUCUUCUUCAGAGAGAUGGCUAUGGAGUUCAACUACCUGGAGAAGGUGAUGGUGUCGCGGGUGGCGCGGGUGUGUAAGGGGGAUCUGGGGGGGUCUCAGCGGGUGCUGGAGAAGCAGUGGACGUCGUUUCUGAAGGCCCGGCUGAACUGCUCCAUCCCCGGAGACUCGCACUUCUACUUCAACCUGCUGCAGUCCACCAGCCCCAUCAUCCGCAUGCACGGCCGAGACAUCAUCCUGGGGGUCUUCUCCACCCCCCCCAACAGCAUCCCCGGCUCGGCGGUGUGCGCCUUCGACAUGCAGCAGCUGGCGCGGGUGUUCGAGGGCAGGUUUAAGGAACAGAAGUCGCCGGAAUCCAUCUGGACCCCUGUGCCGGACGAGCUCGUACCCAAACCCAGGCCGGGGGGUUGUGCUGGUCAGGGCUCCAGGUUCAGCUCCUCCACAGCGUUUCCUGACGAGGUGCUGAACUUUAUAAAGACUCAUCCUCUGAUGGACGAGGCCGUUCCUCUGCUCGGACACCGACCCUGGAUAGUUAAAACCAUGGUCAGGUACCAGCUGAACACCAUGGUGGUGGAUACGGAGGCGGGACCACACCGGAACCGGACCGUAGUGUUCCUCGGGUCCACUAGGGGCACGGUUCUGAAGUUCCUGAUCAUGCCGGCCAGAGACAGCCCUUACUCCAACACCAACAUCUUCCUGGAGGAACUCGAGGGCUACAACCCGGAGAGGUGUGGAGACGACUCUGUUCAGGCCCGCCAGCCGCUGUCUCUCACUCUGGACCGACCCAGCCACACCCUCCUGCUGACCUUCCACUCCUGCGUGGUCAGACUGCCCGUCGCCCGCUGCCAGCUGCACUCCCGCUGUAUGAAGAACUGCAUCUCCUCCAGAGAUCCGUACUGCGGCUGGACCAGAGGAAGCACCUGUUCCCUCCUCAGACCUGGAACCAGGCUUCCCUUUGUGCAGGAUAUUGAGUACGGCAACAUCACACAGCUUGGAGACUGCGAUGGUCUGUUGCGCGAGAGCUUCAUGGACGAGCCGGAGAGUCUGGUGACCCUGAACCUGCUGGUGGUGGCCGCUGUCUCCGCCUUCUCCACCGGGGCGGCGCUCUCAGGCCUGGCUGUGUGCUGGAUCAUGGGUCAGAAGCACCGGCACCGCUCCCGCAGCAGCACGUCCACCUCCUCCUCCGGCAGCAGCCAGAGGAAGAGCGAGAAGGAGCGCAGCAUGCUGGGUCCGAGCGGCAGCGGCUCUGUGAUGAGCGUUUCGAGGCACAGCGUUACGGAUCGCUCGCGGCCGCAGGGAGAGACGCUCUUCGUCAUGCCCAACGGCUGGGUGAAGGCUGGGGACCUGGACCCGGGGCUGCUGCCCACGCCCGAGCAGACUCCCCUGCAGCAGAAGCGUCCGCCUCCGGGUCUCCUGCGCCUGUCCGACUCGGGAUCGGGCUGGGACCAGAGCCAGACCUUCCUGAACUCGGUGGGCACCCAGUGUCCGCCACUGCCACCCUCUGCCAUCUUCCUCAGUUCUAAGCUCCUCCAGGGUCCCGGCGACAGACGGCACGAGGACAGCAUGGACCGCCAGCGAUACGUGUCCCUCUCUAGAUACCGCGAGCAAGGCGGCCGCCCCGGGACUCUCCUACGCAAGUCAGCAGGCGACUACGACUACCCGGUGACCCCCCAGGAUUCGCCCGACCGCAGGAGGGUGGUGUCCGCGCCAAGCACACAGAUGGAGUACGGCGGCGAGACCCUGCGCUGGACCCACGAGGGCUACAUUUUCAGCCACGCCCCUCCUCCACCCGGUCACCACUACGCCCCGGCCGCGCCACACCUCACCCGCUCCGUCCUGCACGGCUCCCGCGGCCUCAUCGACCUGGCUGAGUUCAGCCAUCUGCUGGGGAAGGGCGGCGGCGACCGCGCCCCGUCGGGCCAGUGAAGGAGAGAGCGAGAGCGGGGAAGAACGAGUGCUGUGAAAAAAAGGAGAAAGUCAUAAAGAAGAAAAUGUGAAGGAGGCGAUGCCUCAGACCCUAUUGCAGUGCCAGCAGGAUCUGGCCAACAACACCUCUCUCUCUCUCGCCACCUUCCUCACCGUCUCUCUCUCUCCCUCUUUACGUCUCUCUCGCUCAUCUGCCAGCUCGUUUUGAUCUCUCCUCACUCUCUGUAUCACGCUGUGAUCAAUCACUGGAAAAGCCCCACAGAUUUCCAGCACUGAGAAACCUCACGCUGCUGCCGCAGGGAACUGGUGCUACAUUCACACUGCAGAGUUGAGGUGCCAGGAAUCUGAUUUUAAGCUUCAACAUACGUGUUUUUACCCUCAUACACCUCAUAAUCCAGUUACUACAGCUAAUCAGAUAACAGGAAAGAUUUAGAGUUUAUAUGAGACAAACAAUAAUCCCAUUUUUGCUUUGAAACCAAUGGAGCCAAUAAACUCUAAGCUGCAAUUGAGCUGCAAUAUGAUCAUAAAUCAGCUGAAAAAUGAUUAUUUAUUUCCUUCAGUUUCAUCUCACUGCUCAUUUAAUUCCACUACACACAUCCCAGAAUACUCCGGUUAAGAGUUUACAUGCACUGAGAAAUCGGAUUAUUAUUAUCAAAUCCAACUGUCUUAAUCUGAUUUCUUAAUCAUUUUUUUACAUUUCUCUGAUCCAAGAAACCGUAAUAUACUGCACACAUGAUCACUGGAAUAAUCGGAGAACUGCAGUAAUCUAAAUAUAAAUGGAUUUUUGAUUUUCUAUGUGUUGGGCUGAAGUGCAACAUAUCAGUAUUUUGCCUAAAUAUGACAAAGGAUUUUUUUUAAAGCAGUGUGAACACAAAUUAGUAUUUAAAUCAGAAUUAAGACACUGAAAAUGAAAUGUCUGUAUACCUUUAUAUGGACCAUAGUGCUCACUUAUCCACAGCGGUUGCCAUGGUAAUAAUAUGCAUAUGCUGUCUAGGAUGUAGGAAGAUAAAUGCAUGAAAU